AUGGACACAGUUAUAUUGGCGACGACAGUGUUGCAUAAUUUUUUGCGGAAUGAUAAAUGUUAUUGGCAACCAGGAGAAUUGGAGUAUACAAAUACUCCAGAAGGGUUGAACAACUUUACAAGAGUUGGAGGAAAUAAUCCAAGAGAAGCAUUUAUUAUAAGAGAAAACUUCAAACAGUUUUUCGUGUCAGAUGGUUCAGUACCGUGGCAGUGGGAGAAAGCGUUUACAACCCGAAGUAAUCAUUGA